UCUAGAGAAAAUACACAUGCAUGCGUAUAAUCGGGCGGGUUCGGGUUGGAUAGUUAGAAACCCAUGCCCACCCAUUACCCGCAAUAUUCGGGUUCGGGUUUUACCCGUACCCACUAAAUGUCCUUCGGGUUCGGGUUUUACCCUACCCGAUUAAGCCGGAUUCGGGUGGAUAUCCACGGUUACGGAUAUUUUUCCCAUCCCUAGCUGGCGGCCAGGGCAAUAAUUUGGAGGGUUUUGGACGGAACAAAAAUUGCCAAGGGAGGCAAUUAUUAAUCUGGGGGGCCGGUUAUUUACCAGGGGAACAAUUAACCUAGGGAACGGAUUUUUUGGAGAGAAAUAAAAAAGCAGAGCAAAGAGGCGCAGCGGAGAAGGAGCAGCGAUCAUCGAUUGUUGAGCAGUUUUCCAAGCGGCUUGAGCUGAGUUCAACGAGAGCGAUUAGUUGGUUGGAUUCUCUGAACCGAACUAGUUGUGUAUUGUUGAUUUAGAACAUGAUGAACAAAACCCUAAUGUUUUAUCUCAAUUUUGUCAUGAACUAAACCCCGAUUUCUGGGGGAAACACCAUAGGAUGUAGCUAUUUCUUGAUUUGAUGGAUUGAUUCGUAUUUCUUUUCCUCCAAUCUCUAUUGCAUGAAAUUACUUAAUGCUUUGUGUUGACUGGCCACCAAUAGAUUUGUAGUUAAUUAGGUUAUUAGCGACAGUGAAACCCUAAUAACUGAACCUAUUUCAUGUGACAUAGUAACUUAUCGAAGCGACAGUGGAUUAAAUAAGGUGCUAUGCGGUCUUAAAUAGAAUAUCGAUCUUCAGACUAAAUAAUUAACUCAUUGAGCUACGACAGUAGGAUUUGAAUUGAUUAUUUAGUACGUAGUAAUUCCCGACAGGGAUAGCUAGCACAUUUGUGAUAUCCUGGCUGUAGAGGUAUGGAUUAAAUUGAUUGGAAUAUGUGAAAUUAAUCUGGAUAGGAUAGGUAGUGAAUCCCGGUGUUUCUCCCAGAGCUUUCUCCCAUUGAAUUUCUCCCGACAAGUUUACUUUGCUUGAUUAGUUUUAUUAUUUUGCUAUUAGUUAAUAAUCUCAUCAACCAAACCAUUUCCACCUAUAGUUUACUCCAUAGAAUCGAUAGAUCAUAAGGUUGUACCAGUCCCUGAGAGACGAUACCCGGACUUUCCGGUUUUACUACGAGAUAGGAAUUGAAGCUAUACGCUUUUGCCCUAUCAAGUUUUUGGCGCCGUUGCCGGGGACUGCCAUACCUUAUUUUUGGUGAUUUUUGUGAGUGAACUAUUUUGAUCUGUGUUCUAGUGUGCAGGUGAAUUUCAGGUUUAUCCUCCUUGUGCGUGCCUAGGAGGACGACCGGCGAUUUACUACCACUAGAUCCGGAGAUCGAGAAGACCUGCCGACAGAACAGGAAGCAGGUCAAGUUAGGGAAGCAGCCAACCACAACUUCGAGGCCUUCCCUAACCCAUAAUCAUCAACAGAGAGGGCAGGCUUCAUCACCUGUCGUCCAUACACCACCGACACCACCACCUCGUGAGGUUGAGCCAGACAUCAUGGCAGAACAGGAUCGAUCCAUCAGGGCUCGUCUGAAUCGGAGGACUGGAGCCCGAGCUUCAUGUGUUGUCAUUCCGGCUGGGGAUGCAAACAUGGAGAUUACCCAGCCUUCAUCAAUAUGAUCACCAAUGGGUAUACUUUCUCUGGGGCUAGCAAUGAGGAUCCUCACGAGCAUCUCCGCUGGUUCGCGAGCAUUUGUGAUAUGAUGAAGAGCCCGACUGUGUCUGAUGAUGCAAUCCGUCUUCGGAUGUUCUCAUUCUCCCUGAUAGGGAAUGCAUCACACUGGUUUCAGAACUUAACACCACAUUCCAUCACGACAUGGGCUCAGCUUGAGAAGGUCUUUCUGGAUAAAUACUUCCCACCUGCCUUGGCAAUGAAGAGGCAAGAAGAUAUUGUUACUUUUAAGCAGGCUAAUGAUGAGAGUCUGACUGAGGCAUGGGAGCGCUAUAAGGGGCUAUUGAUGAGAUGCCCAAGCCAUGGUCUUGAAGAUUGGAACGUGAUCAUUAUUUUCUUCAAUGGAAUCAGAAGGGAGUUCAGGGAUGUCCUGAAUAAUGCUUCUAGAAAUGGUUUCACAAACAUGGAGGCACCAGCAGCAUAUGAUCUAGUAGAGAAGAUCUGUUCAGAAGCCACUGAAUGGGGUAGUGAGACCAGUAUUCGAAGAAGAGGAGGCUUGCAUGAGAUAGAUAGAGUUGCAAGUUUAGAAGCAAAGAUUGAUGCUAAGCUGGAUUCCAAGUUCGAUGCACUCGAACGAAGGCUGGCUAAGAUGGCUCUUGGUAGACAGGAGGAGGUUGCUUUGUGCGAAUUAUGUGAAGGUGCUCAUCAUAGGGAUCUAUGUCCACUGGUAGCUGAUCAGUUGGAAGAUGUGCACUAUAUCAACAAUCAGCAAAAUCAAGGCCAGGGUGGUAUGUAUUCAAAUACCUACAACCCGCAAUGGAGGAAGCAUCCUAACUUUUCCUGGGCAAACAACAACCCAGCUGGUGCUCGCAACAUUGCUCCUCCAGGCCUGCAGAAACAACAACCUCAACCAGAGAAGAAACCACAACUUGAAGAAUUGCUUCUGGCUCACAUGCAGAAAACCGACAAUAAUCUGAAGGGUCUUGAUCAAUUUGUCACUCAACAGCUAGCCAUCAACAAUAGUAUGCAAUCAUCUAUGCUAGCUAUGGAGAGGCAAAUAGGCCAGAUGGCUCAAACUUUGGCAGAUAUUCAAGUUAGGAUUCCCGGGACUUUACCAGCAAAUACUGAGAGGAAACCGAAGGACGCCAUGGUUGUAGCCGUCACCUUGAGGAGUGGAAAAGCCUUGGAGGAUCCAGAGAGUUCAAGUAAGUCAACAAAAUCUGAAAAAGAAGGAGUUGCAGAGGUAGAGGAUGAAAAAAGUGCAAAAGCUGAAAAAUCUGACUUGCACAGGCAAACUGCAUGCAAUCUGCCUGUGCAAAAGCAUGCUGCCCGUGUACCUCAAAAAGUGGAAAAAUUGAAGAAUGAAGAGGUAAAGCCUUAUGAACCUCCCGCGCCAUUCCCUCAAAGGUUAAUGAAGCCCAUGGAAGACCCAAACUUCAAGAAAUUUGUGAAUAUCUUCAAGCAACUUCAUAUCAACAUACCGUUGGCGGAGGCACUUGAACAGAUGCCUACAUAUGCUAAAUUCUUAAGGGAGUUGCUGACGAAGAAGCGCAAAUGGGCUGAUCUGGAGAAGGUAACCCUUACUUCUGAAUGUAGUGCCGUGAUUCAGAAUAAAUUACCAGAAAAGAGGGAUGAUCCGGGCAGCUUCACCAUUCCAUGUGUCAUUGGAGGUACAGAAUUCAAUAAAUCACUUUGUGAUCUUGGAGCAGGAAUUAAUUUGAUGCCAUACUCAGUCUACAAGAAAUUGUGAUUGGGAGAUGUUCUUAAGCCUACUCGGAUCACUCUCCAAUUGGCUGAUCGACCAGUAAAAAUUCCAAAAGGAGUGGUGGAGAAUGUAUUGGUGAAGGUGGGGAAGUUUAUUCUCCCAACAGAUUUUGUAAUUCUGGAGAUGGAAGAUGAUCGGGGAGUGCCUCUAAUUCUCGGCAGACCUUUUCUAGCAACCGAUGAUGCACUCAUCGAUGUUGGGAGAGGCAAGUUGACAUUCCGAGUAGGUAAGGAGGAGGAAAUUUUUAAUGUCUUUCAAGUUGAACAUAAUCACGAUGCAUUUGAGGACUUUGAAAGUGGAGCUGGAGAAAGGAAAAAAUCCUCUUCCUGUGAAAGUGGAUCAGUUGAAGAAUCAUUUGUCCUAUCAGCUCAGAUUCUGAAAUCAAAGCAAGGACAGAAAUCCUUACCAGGUCACCUCAAGUAUAGAUAUUUGGGUAAGGAUUUCAAUCUCCUGUUAUUAUUCCUUCUUCACUGACAUUGAAACAGGAAGAGUACUUGCUUGAGGCGCUGCAGUACCACCUACGCCUCACUAAAGGGUCUAACAUGCCAGCUAAGAAGGUCAUACCAAAUUUUCGCACACCUGGCUAGGGGUGGGCAACGGGACGGGACGGGAUACCCGUCCCGUUUUAAACGGGUACCCAGUCCCAUUUGGAGACCAAAGUCCAUCCCAUAUCCCAAACCCAUAUGGGAAACGGGUACCCAUUUCCCGUAUGGGACGGAUAACGGGUACCCAUACUACCCAUAAAUACCCAAAGUUUAAACCACUAAAAUUUUAACAAAAGUUUAAACUUGUAUUUGCUUAACAAUCACAAGACACAAAUACAUCCCAAUCACAAAUACUCGGUUUGCAAAUAACACAUUCAUGAACAAUCACAACACAGAAAUAAAUCAUUCCAAGCACCAAAUUAUCAAAUAAGAAGUUUCAUUCAACACAACACAACAAAAUGGGAGGCAUGAUGCUACUUUUCUUGUGUUGUUGAAUGCAGAAAGUGUCCAAAUUUUUAGGUUCAUGGGAAGCUAAAAUCUAUAGCAGAGAAGCUGAGUCUCACUGAAAGGGUAAGGGCCCUGGGCCCAAAUGGCAAAUGGAAUUGAAAUUGCAAGGGUGAGGGCCGAAAUGGCCAGGGUUCUGAAUGGGGCUGGACUGCCUUUGUAUUAAAUGGGUAUAACGGGU